AUGAGCAUCUAUCGUAUCAUAUCAAAAGCUUCAGGUGCGGAAAGAUACCAAUCUAAGUCCUAUUCGGAAAAUGAUCUCCUGUGGGAACACCAAAAGAAUCUUGAGUCAGGUUGCUCUGCCAACUUUAACCCAGAAAUUUCUCCUGUACUUGAUAUUGAACUCCUUCACGAUAUUCUACACGAAGAUAUCGUUUGCAGUGUCAGGUUCAGCCAUGACGGAAAAUAUGUUGCUACUGGUAGCAAAGGAGUUGCACAGGCUUUCGAUGUUACUACUAGACAGGAAAUUUGUAAUUUCCGAUUGCAUGAUGAUAAUCCUGUAGUUGAUAGUAAUUAUGUUAGAAGUGUUUGCUUUAGCCCCGAUGGAAGAUAUCUUGCUACUGCCAUGGAAGAUAAGUUGAUUAGAACUUUGGUAUUGCAAAUUGAGGAUGCCAUUGCAUCUGUUGCUAUUUCUCCAUAUGCCAAGUACGUUGCUGCUGGUGGUCUUGAUAACUGUAUUCGUAUUUGGGAUGCUGCUACAGGAGACUUGGUCGAACUUUUUAAGGGUCAUAAUGAUAAUUUAUAUUCUAUUACUUUUGCAUCCAACGCGAACAUACUAAGAACACUUCCGCUUUGUGCCACUUUCAUACCCGAUGGGAAAUGGAUUCUCUCCGGCUCCAAGGACAAGGAAAUCCAGUUCUGGAAUGUAGAAACGGGCGAAGUCGCAGCUCAUAUUACAAGGUCACAAGAAUUCCAUUAUCAGUGUUGCGGCGAGCCCAGGGGGGGUUGCUUCGCCAGUGCUAGUGGAGAUAGGUCGAUGAAGAUUUGGAGUUAUAAGAUGAUAUAG